GUAACUUAGCCCUUAUCCGAGCCCACACUAACAAUCUGAGAAUUGCAACAGAGCUCCAUUAUUUUUUUUCUCUAAAAGUAAUAAUCGCGAACUUUUUUUCCCCUCCACCCACAAACCACCACUACCACCACCAAACACCACCUUCAUCACUUUGCCGAAACGUGCCAACCGUUCGAGUCGUGAAGGAAUAAUCACAACCCCAAACCCCAACCAAAAAAAAAAAUCCAUCCAAGAUGUCGUACAACAAGCCCGACAAGGAGUACGCCGGCGAGCAGGCCAAGACGCACAAGAUCCGCAUCACGCUCACCUCCAAGAAGGUCGCCUCCCUCGAGAAGGUCUGCAGCGAGCUCAUCGAGCGCGCCAAGAGCAAGGACCUCCGCGUCAAGGGCCCCGUCCGCCUCCCGACCAAGACCCUCAAGGUCACCACCCGCAAGACCCCUUGCGGUGAGGGUUCCAAGACCUGGGACUGCUACGAGCUGCGCAUCCACAAGCGCCUCAUCGAUCUUAACGCGCCUACCGAGACCGUCAAGCAAAUCAUCGUUAACAUCGAGGCCGGUGUCGAGGUCGAAGUCACCAUCGCUGCCUAAGUUUGGGAUAUGAGCAUGGCUAUGGUUACGACUAUGGCUGUACAUGUGGGAGGUUUGGGAGGCGGUGGGCAUGGAAAAGACCGAAGAGGUUUACAGAUACCCGUUUCCGCCACUCAAGCCGCUCCUAUCUGGAUGGCUGCCUCCAGUAUUGGAGAUGCAGAAGCUGUUUACACCAGCUGAAUACAAAGAAAUUAUAAGUCGAUUUGCAAAGUAACCUUGAAAGCAACCCAUCAUAUUCUUGACAU